AUGGAUGCAAAUUUGAAAUUGUGCAAGGAUGAUAUUGGAGAAGCAGUCGAUCCAAGUUUGUAUCGAAGCUUAGUUGGAAGCUUAAUGUACUUGACAGCAACAAGACCUGAUAUUUUAUUUGCUGUAAGUAUGUUAAGCAGAUUUAUGACAAACCCGGAAAGAAGUCAUUGGGGAGCAGGUAAAAGAGUUCUUCGUUACAUUCUUGGCACCAUUAAUUUUGGAAUUUAUUACAAGAAAGUUUCAGAAUCAGUGUUGUUUGGUUUUUGUGAUUGUGACUGGGGUGGUAAUGUGGAUGAUCAUAAAAGUAUAUCUGCUUAUGUUUUUAGUAUGGGUUCAGAUGUUUUUUCAUGGACUUCAAAGAAACAAUCUGUUGUUGCCAUUUCUACAACCGAAGCAGAAUAUAUCUCGUUAGCUGCAGCUGGAUGCCAAGCUUUAUGGCUUCGGUAG